ACAACAGUCAAGUGAAGCGCACUGAACCAAGAAGAUGUCACAAAGAUUGAAUUUAUCUAUUGUCCUGCUGCUUUGCCUUUUGGCCCUUGGAAGAGCUGCGCUGCAAAUCUAUCAUCCCCUGAUGACCCUGCACCACCAACCAUCCCUGGCCCAGGUGGGUCAUCUGGUAGACCAUGUACCCACCGCGGUGUCCCACCAGAGCUCCACCAUCGUGCAUCGUAGCAUCCCAAGGAUUACACCACUGCUGACCCCUGCUCUGAGGACCAGCUACGUGCACUACCCCACCUGGAGCUAUCCGCUCUUCGAAGGGGCCAACACCCUGUACAGAAAGUAAGCCCCCGAGCAGCAUGAAUCCCCAAAUUUGAUUCAAACCAAAUAAUUGGCCUACCCAGAUUUCGACUUAAACAAUGAAAUAAAACAAAUUCAAAAA